AUGACACUCAAUUAUUUGGAAACUAGAUCCGAACGUUUCUACACUACAACAACAAGUUUAAGAAAUACUAAUAACUCUGAAAGCAGCAAGAAGGAAAAUAUCAAAUUAGGUGUUGUUUUUUCUUGGAGUGGAUUACAUGAAAGGAUGAAUAACAAAUUUUCGGAAAAGUGUGAAAAUAUUUUGACUACUUCAGUUCUACCAACUUAUAAUGUAAAUAGAGAACAAGUUUUGUCGAUAACAAAGCAAAAUAGACCUUCUGUAGAACAAUUGAAAGAAAUUUAUCAGGAUUGUAAUGUUUUGUUGGUUUGCCCAUUAACUGGAGGUACAGAGGAAUUAUUGAGAGAUUUAGUCACAUUGAAGAAACCAAUUGUUUUAUUGGGUGAUUCAUUUAAUAAUUCAUUGGCAAGUGCUCUUGAAUUGAGACAAUAUUUUAGAGGAUACAUGAUUCCUUCAUCACUUGUAAAUAAGCCAGAACUCAUUCAUUCAAAGAUUGAAGAAUUUGCUUCAAAAUAUGAAAAACUCUGGAAAUCAUUCUUUAAUAUGAAAUUGGGUUUGAUUGGCGAUAUUUCUCCAUGGCUGAUCAAUGAAAAGGAUUUUGUUACAAAAGACAUGAUGGAAGGUAAAGAAAUUGUCACUCCUUCAUUCAGAUUCCCAUUCGUUAGAAUUACAACAAAGGAAUUGUAUGAGAUGUUCAAACAAGUUUCAACUGAAGAUGCCAAAGAAAUAGCCUCACUAGUUCAACAAAUGCAAGAACAAAAACUCAACUCUUCCAAGUGUUGUAGCUCUAAAUCUGCACCAAAUGUUGAACCAAAAGUUGAGGAAAAGACCACAUGUUGUGGUGGAGGAAAAUGUGGUUCUUCAGAACAACAUGAAGAAGAUCAUGCACAUUCUUGUGCUGGAGAAAUUAAAACUGAUUCUUCUCUUCCAACAGUUCCAAAGGAUAGUUUGAUUGAAGCAUCCAGAGUAUACGUGGCAAUUCAAAGAAUAUUAUCCAAGUACAAAUUGGAUGGUUUUACAAUUGGAUGUUUUGAUUUAAUUUCUGAUAUUAACACUACACCAUGUCUUGCCCUUGGAUUAUUGAAUGGUAUUCAAUCACUCAAGUUGAGUGAUGGUACUUUUUUGACAAUGAAAGCAUCAGCAUGUGAAGGAGAAUUGAAUUCAUUAUUAGGAAUGAUUAUUUGUCAAAAGUUUUUAAACAAAUCCCCAUUCAUGGCCAAUAUUGUUGAUUGGACUCCAUCUGAAAAUGGUCUUCAUGAUGAGCUCUUAAUUGCUCACUGUACCUCACCAAUUAUUCCUGGAUUACCUUUCGAAAUUACCACUCAUUUCGAAUCUGGUCAAGGAGUUGCAGUUCGUGUAGAUAUGCCAGCUGUUAAUCGUAUUGCAAAUAUUAAGGCAAAUAGCAUGAAUAGCAAGAUGGUUGCUGGACUUGGUGCUAGUCAAGCUAUGGCUACUCUCAUCAAGAUGAGAAAUUCACAUGAUGUUAUUAUUGCUCCAGUUGUAGUAUACGAUAGAGAAACUUCUCCAUUGAGAUGUAGAACUCAAUUACGUUUAAGAAUGCAAUCUGUUGAACAAUUUGUUGAUUCUACAUUUGGAAACCAUCAUCUUUUAGUUUAUGAAAACUUUUGGAAUGUUAAAGAAAUAUUUACUGAUCUUGGAUUCAAUGUCAUUGAGCAUUAUUGA